UUUCUCUGCGACUUAUGAGAGAGUUUGAUUACGAGAAGCUUGUUGUAGCCACCGAUGGAUUCUCUCCUUCGCGGCUCAUCGGCAAAGGAAGCCACGGUUUUGUUUACAAAGGCCUUCUUCAAGACCAAGACGACAACAAACGACACAUAGUCGUAGCCAUAAAGACACCAUCUUCGUCUCCCUCACCAUCAUCCUCACCUCUUUUCAAGAAAUCAGAACAAACGAAGAAACUAGAAAACGAGAUCAGUGUUAUGUCGUCGCUGCCUCGUAGCCCACACGUCCUGAGCUUUCUUGGCCAUGCCGAGAAAAGGCUCAUGGUCGUUGAUUUCAUGCCAAACGGAUCACUGCACCAGUUAUUACACGUGUCCACAUCUCAUCCUCCACCUCCCACGUGGCUCAAUCGCAUCGAGAUCGCUCUCAAGAUCGCUCGUGCCGUUCACUUCCUCCAUGAACAGAGCAUCCUCCACCGUGACAUCAAAUCCGAAAACAUUCUAUUCGAUUCGAAUUGGGAACCGAAGCUUGCGGAUUUCGGACUCGCCGUGGACUUAACCGGUAAGGUCAAACCGGCGCCGGCAGGAACCAUCGGUUAUCUAGAUCCGAGUUACACGUCUCCGGAUGAACUGAGCACGAAGACGGAUAUUUAUAGCUACGGCGUCGUUUUGUUGGAGAUUUUCAGCUGUAGAAAAGCCAUCGACGUGUCUCGCUCGCCGGCGUCGAUAGUAGACUGGGCGAUUCCGCUGAUCGAAGAGGGGAAGAUCGGAGAGAUCUGCUGCGGCGGAGGAUCGGGCGUUUUCAUGGGAACGAAUCUUCGAUUGCUGCGGAUGGCGGCGCGGUGCGUCUCCUCCGAUGUGGAAUCGCGACCGUCUUCCGGGGAAAUCACGGCGGAGAUGGUGACGUGUUUGGCGGAGCCUCUCAGGAGUUUCCCGUUGUGGAUAAGCUUCUUUCGCGGGGUUGUUAAGCUGAAACGGCGGAAAAAACGGUUGAGAGAGACGCUGACGUGGCCGGGUCAAACCUGUCGCGUUAGGUGAGCUGUAAAAGACAAGCCGGGUCAAACAUCGAAUCGGGUCUAGGCCCAAAGGGGUGAUUACAAAAACAAACCAUCCAAAGCACAAGAACAUAUUGAAUAGCCUCUGGGCCUUUUGUUUUUAACUAGCAAUAGCAUUCGAACCCCGACAAAUUGUGGAAAUUAAGAUGAUAUAUUCUGUAAAUUUGGUUGAAUCAGUACUAAAUUGUCUUAGUUAUCAAAGAAAA